UUUCUUCGUAUGGUACGUAUAUCGCCACGUACUGUAAUGCUUUACUGGUAAGAAACAGUGGUCUAACGUCGGGAUGACGCUACCAGUCCCAUGAAGCCAUGCACUCUGGAGAGACUCUCAUCUCGUCAUUCUGUCAAAACAAAGGUGAAUUUCACUGUUGUUUAUUGCUUCACAGUUGACGUAGUUUGUGCUAGUUAAAAAACAAGUUAUAAAUUAUUGUGUAACAAGUGCAAUCAGAAACUUUGCAAACGACUUCUUUAUAGAUAUCGAAUUUUGUAGUUUCCCAGGUGACCGAUACUUAACGGAGAACAGACUUGAAUACUUGACGUUACCUUGCACCGUCGAAACAUGUUCAGCCUAGACGAUGAAGACACCAGUCAGUCGGAAAUAAACAGUAUAGGAAUAAUCUCCGUUGAUUGUGAAAAUGAGGAGAAUAAGAUGUACCGAAACAAGUCGGAAGUCUACAGAAGGUUGGAAUGUAACAUGAACAUUUUUAGAACAAACCCCGUUGACGCGUCUGACGUUUUCGAAUCUACGUCUCGUUUCGACAACCUUAUCCUCAACGGCUCAGUGUCUGUUCCGACAAGCUCGUUCGCUUGCAAUAGCAAGUGCAUAGAAGAAGUUUCAACUAUUAAAAUUGUCAACAGCCCUCCUGUAGAAGAAUCGCCCAACGAAUUUGAAAUGGCAAACUUGACUGGCUCAGCAAGACCGAUGAAAGCUUCGCCAGACGACAAUAAAUAUGGCAAUCGCACAUCAGCAAGAUCGACGGCUCAAGACAGUGGUGACGAUAGAUUUGCCAGUCCUUACGUAGCCCCGUUACCAUACGUCGAUCAGCGAAAACGUCGUUUCGUAAUGACAGUUACCAUAGCAUCGGUAGUAGGAGUUACAGUCGUCAUUGUUGUCAUAGUGUUGCUUACCUUCAGCCUCCAUCGCUAAUGUUGGCCAUGAGGAACUAUCGUGAAUCAUCAGUAACACCCUUUCAAGAAUUCAAAUACACACAGUGUAUUGCUGUAGAAAUUGUA